CCCUCGCUGCUUUGCCUCCCCCAACCCUGUCAUUACUGAACUUCCAGCAGCAGGUCCGCCCCAAUGGGGCAAGUGGGUUGGCGAUGGGUGUGUUGUAACAGCUGGGGAAAGGAGGCAAAGGUGAGCGAGUUGUGGCCCAGCUGGUCACUCCCGGGGCUUCUGCUGGCUGUUUAUUACACAAAAGAGAAACUCCUUAAAUCGCUGCUCCAGCUCACAGGUUCCCACCACUGGCUUCUGUUGUAAUCUGGGGACCGAUCUUUCCUCGGAGACUGGCCGAAAACUGAUUUGCUCGUCAUUUUCCGUUGAUUUUUAAUGCUAAGUUAUUGGGGGAAAUGUAGGUAUGCACACAAUAGGUUUCUUCUGUUUGUCAGCUCCUGACAAUUGCUUGGCUCUGAAGAAUUUACAGACCAAAGAGACUGGAAGAGGGCAGGCAAAGGAUUCUACAGAUUUUCAGUGCUGACAGAUUUGCUGUUUUACAAUGGAUCCUUCUGCAAGUACUAGCCUCCAGACCUCAACACCCAAUGGAAAUAUCAAUUUAGGACCAUCAGCAAAUCCAAAUGCCAGGCCAACAGACUUUGACUUCCUGAAAGUCAUUGGAAAAGGGAGCUAUGGAAAAGUUCUCUUGGCCAAACACAAAUCUGAUGGGAAAUUUUAUGCUGUAAAAGUCUUACAGAAGAAAUCUAUCUUGAAAAAGAAAGAGCAAAAUCACAUCAUGGCAGAGCGCAAUGUACUCCUAAAGAAUGUGACACAUCCUUUCCUGGUGGGUCUCCGCUAUUCCUUUCAAACUUCAGAGAAGCUCUAUUUUGUCUUAGACUACGUCAAUGGAGGAGAGCUCUUCUUCCACUUGCAGCGGGAGCACUGCUUCCUAGAACCUCGGGCUCGAUUCUAUGCUGCUGAGGUGGCCAGUGCUAUUGGCUACCUGCAUUCUCUGAACAUCAUUUACAGGGAUUUGAAACCUGAGAACAUACUCUUGGAUUGCCAGGGACAUGUUGUGUUGACUGAUUUUGGACUUUGUAAAGAAGGAAUGGAACCAGAAGAAACCACAUCCACUUUCUGUGGCACUCCUGAGUAUUUGGCUCCUGAAGUAUUGAGAAAACAACCUUAUGACCGAACAGUAGACUGGUGGUGUUUGGGGGCUGUUCUUUAUGAGAUGCUCUGUGGCUUGCCACCUUUUUAUAGUCGAGAUGUUUCUGAAAUGUAUGAGAACAUCCUUCACAAGCCUCUCCAGAUCCAGGGAGGCAAGACAGUGGCAGCCUGUGACGUUCUUCAUGGUCUUCUCCAAAAAGACCAGAAGAAAAGACUGGGUGCCAAAGAAGACUUUCUUGAGAUAAAGAAUCAUGUCUUCUUCAGCCCAAUAAACUGGGAUGACUUAUACCACAAGAGACUUACUCCUCCUUUCAACCCAAAUGUGGUGGGGCCAGCUGAUUUAAGACACUUCGACCCAGAAUUCACUAAGGAAACAAUUUCCAGUUCUAUUGGACGCACACCGGAUUUAACAGCCAGCAGCUCUGGGGCUUCCAGUGCAUUCUUAGGAUUUUCUUAUGCACCUGGGGAUGAGAAUUUUUAAAACUGCUAAUAAGCCCAGGCAUCAUUGCUGAAAAGGUGCUUGUGUUAUCUAUCUUUUGAGUUGAAUUAUACUGUCCUAAAAUGGAAGAUAUGAUGAGAAUUACUGUACAUGUCCCAAUUUUUUCAUGCUGACCAUAUAGCAUUCUUAGGUGCUACAUCAGAAUGGUAUUCAUUUGAUGGAAUAAAACUAACAGGAAGGGGAAAAGGAACAGAGAAAGAGAGAAAGGAAGGAAGGAAGGGAAAAGGGUAAGAUGGGGUAAUGUCGUCUACUAAAAUUGGCUCCUACCUUAGUUGUAGUGGUAGUGGUGGAGUACCACCAUGGUCUGUAGUCCAUUUUUGAAACUUACCUUUGUCAGUUCCUAUAAUGGUGGUCAAGUACUGGAAGACUGAUGCAUAAGACACUCAUUUAUAAAUCAGGAACCAAUCUAUUAAAAUAAAAUGGAAGGUAUAUCUGGCCUCAAACCCAGUAAUGGUUAGUUUUAGAUAAUACCUUUAAAUGAGUGAAUUCAAAGAAUCUUGAAAUAAUUUGGAAUUAUUCAAAGGUUAUUACUUUUUGACCCAAUAAUUUUAUUAUUGGGUAUAUACCUCAAGGAGAUAAGGACAGAAAGGAUAGUAGCAGUUUUUGUAGUGACAAACUGGAAAUGAGAUAAGUGCCUAUUCAUUGUGGAGUAGUAGAAUAAAUUGUGAUAUGUGCAUAAAGUGGAAUAGUACAUUUAAGAAAUAAUGGAUAUGAAGAAUUCAGGGAAACUUAGAAAGAUUUUAAAGAACUGAUACGAUUAAAAUAAAUUGAACCAAGAGAACAUUAUACACAAAGACCAUAACAAUAUAAAUGACAACAACUGUAAAAGACAUCACAACUGAAAAUAAUGAAAAGGCUAGUUUGCGAUGCCAAAGAACUGUUAAUGAAACAUAUCUCUUUCCUCUCACAGAGAUAUAGUUUCAACAGGUGUGGACUGAGGUCUAUAUUGU